CUGAUUUUUUUUAUAGUGCUGACUGCUGCGUGGCUUUGGGUUUGUAGUUUAUAAGCUUGAUGCCUUGAUGUUAAAUAACCGCUAAAAUGAUAGAAAAUCAGAUUUGCCAACUAGAUAAACUGUUUGAUUGUGGCUUACAAAUCGAAUCUCUUAUACCAAUAUUGAAAUCGCUUACGGAAUUGAUGAAAAUUGAUCACUUUAGAUAUGAAAUCAAUGAUGUUCAUUGGAAAACCAUCUCAAAAGUUGCCAAUCAUGGUCUGGAAAUUUUAAGAAAUGGAGAUUUUAAAGACAUUGAAUUAGAUUUUCUAGCAGACUUGUUUAGGUUUCUGAGGAAUUCAUGUGCUGGUUCUGCAAGAAAUCAAAUGUAUAUAUUCAGCUCAGAUAUCAUUCUUAACUGUGCAAAGACAGCUUUAGAUCAUUUUAAAGAAAAAAACUCAGAAAAAGAAGUACUUGUGCUUAGGUGCUGUUUGCAGUUUUAUGGAAACUUAGUUUGUUCUGGGACUGAUUUUAAACUUCUAGUGUGGAAUUUAUAUAUCCAAAGAAAGAUGUUUAGGGAUCUUUUACAGCACAGAGAUGCCAAAGUUCAAGAGUAUAGCAUGAUGGUUUUACACAAUUGCAUGAUUGAUGAGCACAUCAGUUACAUCAUCAGCACCAAAGAUGGACAUGACAUUUUAGUUACUUUAAUGAAUAUUUUGUGUGACAACUUAAUUGAUUGGGGAAUAUUGUUUUUGGAACUGUUGUUGAAGCAGGAAAGUUUUAUGCAGAACUGCUAUGAAGUUCUUCCUGGCAGAAACAAGUUGUUAAUAUUGGAUCUAAUCACUCAUCAGCUGAAUAAUUCCAAUGACGGCCAAACCUUAAUUCCUCCUUCAGCUCUUAAUUUCGUGACACAGCGCUACCUGAACCUAGUAAUGAAUAUAAUGAAAGUCUGUAACACAGAGUUCUCUGAAAUCGAUGCUUCAGAAAUUGUGAAAAUAUUAACUCUUCUUUGUGCUGCAUCUAUUUCAGACCAGUACAGUCAUUCAUUGAAAAGCAGCAAAGAGCUGCUUGAGAAAUCCUUAGAUGUACUGAAGAGCGUCCACUUGUUGGGAAAAAAGAGCUGCAAUGCCUUCUCUUCCAUCAGCAAUCUGAAUGCUUGCGAUCAGUUCUCCAAAGAGGAUAUUGAAGCUCAUCCUUCUUUCUGUUUCAAGAAGAAUUUGAUAAGGUUGAUUGGAAACCUGUGCUAUGGCUGUCGAGAAAACCAGGAUUUGGUUAGAAAGUUAGAUGGCAUUCCAUUGUUGCUGGAUUGCUCCAACUUAGACAUCAGGAAUCCAUUUAUUAUGCAAUGGUGUAUUUUAGCAAUCAGAAAUGUUUUAGAAAAUAAUCAAGAAAAUCAAGCUGUUUUAGCUGGAAUGUCAGUGUCUGGGGACCUGGUAGAAUCUGCACUGAUCAAAGAGCUCGGCUUUCAAGUAUGUAAGGAAGACGGAAAAUUUGUUUUGAAAUCAAGCAAGUAAAAGACAUUGGAAUGUAAAACGGGACAUAUUUUCAGCCCAUUUAAAUUCUUCCUUAUGUCUUCCUUAGUCAAAAGAAAACUGCUCAGCAAACAGCUGAAGAUAAAAAGAAAAUAUUUAAAUAAGUUCUGCAUUUAUAUAAAUUAUUUUUAUAAGUCGACAGCUAGUAGGGAAAAACCAAUAAGCAAAUUGGAUGACUUCCAUUCCUGAUAAAUUAGUAAAAUCAUAUCGGCCAAUUAAACACAGAUAAUUUUUAUAUUGAUUAUAAUUUUUAAUGCGUCCCUAUCUCUUUUAAAAAUUUUACUUUUCAGAAUUAGUUUUUUAAACUACAGUGGACGCCGGUUAAUUGAAUCAGCCGCUUUAAUGAAUGAAAUCGUCAGAAACAGAAUAAAAUCCAGCAUUAUUGAAUUAUCUGCUUUAUUGAAUCAGCUGCUUUAUGGAAUCAAAACUGUUAAGAAAAAACGUGACUCAUAUGAGCGGCGGUCACUGUAUCAAAAAAUUUUAUCAUCUGAAGAAAUUCAAGCAUUUUUCUUGAAAUACUAAAUAGAAAUUUAUCCUUAGAGCUAUAAGAUAAGGGAUAUUUCGAAUAUGUUUCUAUUUUUUUUUCUGGCUGCAGGAAAUGAAAAAGAAGUUAUAUAAAUAUCGAAAUACACUUCUUCAUAAUUAAAUUUUUAUGAAAGAGAUAUUUUGAUUACUUCAGUAAGUCCUAAGCUUUUGAUUUUUCACUCCAAAAUAUAGACAUUGUAAACGAUUAUAUUUUUAACUAAAUGAUUUAUUGAAACUUCUUCAUUCUAAGUUUUUAUAACAAAUGUGCCAUUAGUUUGUGAUUUGAAAGAAAAAUCACUAAAAGAAUUAUAAAACUAGCAGGCUUUGUAGAGCGCUGUACGAAAAUUAUUUUGAUUUUAGAUUUUUAUUUAUUUUGUACAUGUUCAGAUUUGAAAUUGUUUUCUGGAAGAAACUAGUGAUACUGAAAAAAAAAACCCCCUCAUGUUCUACUUUUUGUUUUCUUGGCUUGAUUGUGUAAGUGCACAAUAUGUUGAAGAAAAAUGUCUGCAAGUUUUUAUCUGCAACUUUAUCAUAUUUUUAUCUAAACUUUAGUUUCAACCAUAUCAUAUAACUAAUAUUUUGAAGCUAUAGAGAUGUUUUAUUCUGUCGCACAUUUAUCCAUUACAGCCAAUUUUUAUAUCAUAUAUAUAUAUAUAUUGUAUGUAAGAGAUGGUUUGUUGCCGGAAUGCACCAGAAUGCCAUUCAGGCACUGCUUUUCUGGAAAAAUGAAGUUCCUUUUCAUGUUGAUAUGGUCCUAUUGGUUCAAUUGGCAUUCUGAUACUGGAAAAUUUACAAAAUCACCCUGAUUCAUAUGCGUGAUAUAUAAUAUAUAUAUAUAUAUAUA